UGCCCAUCCUUGCCUUGCUUUCUCUCGCUCCGCCUCAUUGGUGCUGCCCCCAUUCCAUUUCUUCUUUUUUUCCCUCCCUCUCCCUCUCUCCCUCUUUCUUUCCUCCUCCUCCUCCUCCUCUCUCUCUCUCUCUCUCCUCCGCUCAGCUCCAGGCCCAUUGGUCGCCUGCCUUGAACCAUUAUCUCUCUCCUUCCUUUCCUCACUGUCUCCUCCGUUUCUUUCCGUUUCCCCCUCCUCGCGCCCGUCGGCUUUCAACUCUCUCUCUCUCUUCCCCCCCAAAAAUGAUUAGCAUAGAGGGGAAGAGAAGAACUUUCCAGCGCGCGCUCUGAAACAAACGAAAGAGUGAGGGGUGAGAAACUGCGUGCGCGCGCGAGAAGACGACUGCUGAAGAGAGGAAGACAAUCGGGGACGAUAAAAAGAAAAAAGUUUGAGAGACGACAGCGUUUCAGGACCGGUGGGUUUCUGUCUGUUUCUGCUCAGCUGCUGAUGCUUUGGUCUGGUUUGCACGCGCUGUCUUGCUAAAAUGAACCUGGAGGAGGAGUGGUGAACUCUUGGUGGGGGUUCUAAUCUAACGUCUACCACCGCAGGCUGAGGAUCAACACCAGGUCCAGACCAAAGACCAAUCAAACCUGCAAUCAUAUCAGAUGGAGGUGGAUGUAGCAGACGAGAAGCGCCACCGCACACGCUCAAAAGUGCCCUUGGAACCCGCGAUACAAGAGCUAUUCAGCUGCCCAACUCCACACUGUGAUGGCAGUGGUCACAUCAGUGGAAAAUAUGCAAGACAUCAAAGUGUGUACGGCUGCCCUCUGGCCAAGAAGAGGAAAACACACGACAGGCAGCCCCUCGAGCCAGCGGCCAAAAGAAAGGCCUUUCUAACACACACUGAGCUGCAGCCCAUGGAGGACUGCUACGAGGCUGAGGCGGUCGAGGACGAGAUGGAUGAGAAAGAAGAAGAGGAAGAGGAAGAGGAGGAGGAAGAGGAGGAAGCGGCAGAGGAAGAGGAAGAGGAGGAGGAGGAAGAAGAAGAGGAGGAGGAAGAAGGAGAAGGUGAGGAGGAAGUGGAGGAAGAGUAUACGGACAAUGAGGAACAAGUGGAGCAAGAGGAAGGAGAGGUGGAGAAUGGAGAGGAGGAAGAGGCGGAGCAGGAAGAAGAGGAAGUGGUGGAGGAUGAGGAGGGAGAGGAAGGUGAGGGGGAGGAUGAAGAAGAGGAAGACGAUGAGAAGGGAGAGGAAGAAGACGACGAAGAAGAGCAUCAGCACAUUCAGGAUCAAGAAGGCAACCAGAUCAAUGGCGAGUACACUAAACCUAGUCCUACAGUGGAGAAGGACGACAACAACAACGAUGAAUACGACAACUAUGAUGAGCUGGUGGCCAAGUCUCUGCUCAACCUGGGCAAGAUUGCUGAGGACGCUGCCUACCGGGCCAUGACAGAGUCCGAGAUGAACAGCAACUCGUCCAACAGUGCUGAGGAAGAAGAAGAAGAGGAGGAGGAAGAAGAGGAUGAUGAGGAAGAAGAGGAAGAAUAUGAUGAAGAUUAUGAAGGUGAGGAUGGCUCUAAGAAAGAUGAGCUGAGCCUGGAUGUGGACAGUGAUGUGGUGAAGGAGACGGUUGACUCUCUGAAGCUGCUGGCUCAGGGUCAUGGAGCUGUGCUCUCUGACAACCUUGAUGACAGGAGCUAUCAGGAAGAUAUCAAAAAUGAAGACUUGAACAUGAAUGGUCUUGGUGGAUAUGGGUGUAAUGGCAACACUAGCAGUUGUGCACAAAGCAAGCUUGCCAGCAAUGGCCAGACAGUUGAAGAGAGUGAUGAGGAGGUAUGCCUGAGCAGUCUAGAGUGUUUACGCAACCAAUGCUUUGACCUGGCACGCAAAUUGAGCGAAACAAAGCCAGCUGAGCGCCUCAACCACAACCAGGAGAGCCACCAGCUGCACCAUGACACCCUGGUACACCAGGGGGGCUAUGGAGACUGUCAGGAGCAGCAGAACACUGAGGAACGACGUGUCUUGGAGCGCAACUACUCAGACAUGGUGAACCUGAUGAAGCUGGAGGAGCAGCUCAGCCCUCGUUCCAAAACCUUGUCCAGUUGUGCCCGGGAGUAUGAGAGCUACCAUGAUCGUGAUGAGGACACUACCUCCAUUGCCUCGGACCGCUCCGAGGAAGUGUUUGACAUGACCAAGGGCAAUCUGUCACUCCUGGAGAAGGCCAUAGCACUGGAGUCUGAGCGGGCCAAGGCCAUGAGAGAUAAGAUGGCCUCGGAGGCGGCCAGGAGGGACAGACUGCAGCUCCAUGAGGAGAACCAUGGCCUGAGGCUCAGCUGUGCAGAGGAGCGCAAAGCAAGGCUACAUCAUGACAGCCUUAAGAAGCCCUACUAUCAUAAAGAUUCUUCAAGGUCGGAGAAGAAAGAGAGCCGGUGCCCAACACCGGGUUGUGACGGCACAGGUCACGUGACUGGGCUGUACCCUCACCAUCGAAGCCUGUCUGGAUGCCCUCAUAAAGACAGGGUCCCUCCAGAAAUUCUUGCAAUGCAUGAAAAUGUUCUUAAGUGUCCUACACCUGGCUGCACUGGACGCGGCCAUGUCAAUAGCAACAGGAACUCUCACCGGAGCCUCUCGGGGUGCCCAAUAGCAGCCGCUGAGAAGCUGGCCAAAGCCCAUGAGAAACACCAAGCUUGCAAUGGAACCAAGUCCAACCAGGCAUCGGACCGAGUGCUGAGGCCCAUGUGCUUUGUGAAGCAGCUGGAGAUCCCGCAGUAUGGUUAUAAAAACAAUGUCCCAACCACAACCCCACGCUCCAACCUGGCCAAGGAGCUGGAGAAGUACUCCAAGACCAGCUUUGACUACAAUGGCUAUGACAACCAGAAUGUGUACGGCAAACGUGCCAUCGCGCCCAAGGUCCAGGGCCGAGACACAUCACCCAAGGGAUAUGACGCUAAGCGUUACUGUAAGAACUCCAGCUCAGCGAGCAGCACAACUAGUAGCUAUGCCCCCAGCAGCAGCAGCAGCAGCCUGAGCUGUGGAGGAGGAGGUGCAGGAGCAGGAGGAGGAGGAGAGGGAGGAAGCAGUGCCAGCAGCACCUGCAGCAAGAGCAGCUUCGACUACACACACGACAUGGAGGCCGCACACAUGGCCGCCACGGCCAUCCUCAACCUGUCCACUCGCUGCAGGGAGAUGCCUCAGAGCCUCACCGGCAAACCACAGGAGCUUUGCACACGGAAGCGGGACAUUGAGGUGGAUGAUGAUGGAGUGAUGAUGGACGUGAGCGUGUGUAAACGUGUUGGCGGAGGCGGUCGCUCGCUUGGCUCGCUGGAGCCCAUGUUGGGCCGGCGGGAGCGGGAGGUCCUGCCGAGCGCCCGCUGCUGCCCCCUCGACCCCUGGGAGCUGCCUGUCGACUACACCAAGAUCAAACGCCUGGAGCACGACAGAGAGUCAGAUGAUCUGGACCCUUUCCAAGACAUUUUAGAGGACAGUGCGUACGCCACUGACGUCACCAUCCCGAGUCCCAAACCAAAAUUCGCCCCUUGCAAAGAAAGCAAAAAGGACCUGAUAACAUGCCCAACACCAGGGUGUGAUGGAAGUGGUCACGUAACCGGUAAUUACGCCUCGCAUAGAAGUCUUUCAGGUUGUCCUUUAGCAGAUAAAAGCAUUCGAAGUAUGAUGGCUACCAAUUCUCAAGAACUCAAGUGCCCGACUCCGGGCUGUGACGGCUCGGGACAUAUUACUGGCAACUACGCCUCACACAGAAGUUUGUCAGGAUGCCCUCGGGCUCGCAAGAGCGGCAUAAAGAUUACUCACAGCAAAGAGGACAAGGAAGACCAGGAGCCAAUCAGAUGUCCUGUACCUGGCUGUGAUGGACAGGGUCAUGUGACAGGAAAGUAUGCAUCUCACCGCAGCGCAUCAGGCUGCCCUCUAGCGGCCAAACGGCAGAAGGACGGAUAUAUGAACGGCACGCAGUUCACGUGGAAGGCUGGAAAGACAGAAGGCAUGUCCUGCCCAACUCCAGGCUGUGACGGCUCAGGACAUGUCAGUGGCAGCUUCUUGACCCAUCGAAGUCUGUCAGGUUGCCCACGUGCCACGUCGGCUAUGAAGAAGGCCAGACUGUCAGGAGUGGAGAUGCUUACAAUAAAACAGCGGCCAAGCAAUGGUUUAGAUAAUGACGAGGAUAUUAAACAGCUGGACGAAGAAAUCAAAGAUUUAAAUGAAUCAAAUUCACAGGUGGAGUCAGAUAUGAUCAAACUUAGAACACAGAUUACCACAAUGGAGUCUAAUCUGAAGUCAAUAGAGGAAGAAAACAAGGUGAUUGAACAGCAAAAUGAAUCUCUCCUGCAUGAGCUGGCCAACCUCAGCCAGUCACUGAUUAACAGUUUAGCUAAUAUCCAGCUCCCUCAUAUGAAACCACCGCUACACAAAGAGCCUCCGAUUAGAAAUAACAGCUGUUUACAGUUGCAUCAGCGAGACCCCAUAAAUGAACAGAACUUUGACGCGUACGUGACCACUCUGACUGAUAUGUACACGAAUCAAGAGCAGUACCAGAGCCCGGAGAACAAAGCCUUGCUGGAGAAUAUAAAACAAGCAGUACAAGGGAUCCAAGUCUAGCCACUCAGCAAACUAAGAGGCUUCUAAAGUGGGAAGAAGUAGUAUGGAAAAAAAAAAGACAUUUGCAAAAAGAGAAGGAGACAAAUGGGAUGCCUCGUGGUUUGCUACUGUAAUUUA